GGAUAUUUAUGGUUUUAUAAUUUCAGCGGCGUGGGGGAAGCAGUCAUCGUAUCUGAGGCUAUCCCUUUGUUGUACAACAAAUUUGACUUUCUUUUUGUUGUUACUAAAAAGAUUUUUAUUUUUUGUUUAAAGAAAAUUUGGGAAUUUGGUUCUCCAUUUUGCACAAUUUUUUACAUUCAUUUAUUGAAUCUAUCAACUCCACCCCACGCAAAAGCUAAUGCUCUUUGACAGUUUCUAUGUCAUCUUUGGAAGACCAAAACAGUAGAAAAACACAAUAUAUGGGAAUAAAAAAAACAGCUCGAAAAAGAUGGAAAGGCAGCUCAGAUCUCUCUUCAACUCUAUGACAGAACCGAAAACGGAUUUAGGAAAAAGCCAGAGACCCAUGUCUGCAAAUCCACUUGUUUCUGCAAUCUCACUUAACAAAAUGAGGUGAGAGCUACCCUUUCUUCAUGUUCUAUGUUCUCUUCAGCGUCUCCUUUAAACUAUACUUACCUUCUUUAUAAUUAUUGCUGAUGUUAAUAGGAGAACAUUUAUGAAUUUGCAUCUUUUUUACUAUUCCUCCUUUCUCCAAAAGGCUUUUCAUUUCAUGGCAAAGUGAGGAGUUAUCCAUCAAUUCUAGUCGGUCGGUCUUUUUGUACGUUCCGUUAUUUGGUCAAAUGAGGAGUGCCCAUCCAUUUCCAACUUGUCCUUUCCCUUUCAGAUUCUGCUCAUUUCUUUUGAUCCUAUUAUAGGCAGCUCUUUCUUGAAUUUUUGAGGUUUUAUUUCUUUUGAGCUGUGACGAAAAGCUCAACUUUAAGUUCUUAAAGCUUACCAGUGAUCUUGUUUCUCACCCUGAAUUGCAGUUUCUGACAAGUAUAUGCUUUGUUUUGCUUUCUUUUCUAUUUGCAAAUGUCAAAGUUCCUUCCUUUUCAUUCAAUAACGUUUCCUCUUAAAACCUCAAUAAUCUGUUUCGGUCUCUUUGUAUUACAAAAUCUAAAUUUUGUUGAAUUUAGGACAAGUUAGCUCAACAUAUCUUCAAAUAUGCUUCCAUUAGAGCUAUAAUUUUGUGUUCCAGGCAGUAUGUUGUCAGUUUGGUGCAAAAGAUUUGCCAAGUAAGGUUUUGGGAGGAGUUUGGUGGCUUAAAUUCCUGAAACCCAGAAAUUAUACUGGGCUGCUUCCUGUAUAGAGGGUAGGAAACCCAUUUUUCUUUUUUAUAUAUCCUCCUUGGUUUAGGGUCAGGAAAUUUUCCUUCUUUUUCUUGUCUUCCCGGGUUUUUUCUGUUGUCUUCUAAAACCUAUUAUUUUGGUUCAAUUCGGAGUUUUGUAAUGGAAAGUAGGGGUUUUAUUCGUUUCCUGGGCUUUUUGGCACUGUCUACCCUUUUUCUCUCUGAUAUCUGUAUGGCUAGCAUUCGAAGUACUGGGGCGAUUGAACCGGGUUUUCAAGGUUCUCAAAUGAAUUGGAUCGACAAUAAUGGGUUGUUUCUUGUAUCUAACAACUCAGAAUUCGGUUUUGGCUUUACCACUACCACAGAUGUCACAUUGUUUCUUCUAGUUGUCAUGCACAUGGAGACUAGAAGAGUAAUCUGGGCUGCUAACAGAAACUUCCCUGUUUCAAAUUCUGAUGAAUUUGUGUUUGAUAAAAGUGGCAACGUGUUAUUAAAGAAAGGAGGUAGUGUUGUGUGGACGACAAAUACUGGUGACAAAGGAGUUUCUGCUAUGGUAUUGCAGGAUUCAGGAAAUUUGGUUUUGCAAGGGAAUGAUGGCAACGUAACGUGGCAGAGUUUUGCUCAUCCUUCUGAUACCCUUAUCUCGAACCAAGAGUUUGGAGAAGGAAUGAGACUUGUAAGCAAUCCUAGCCCCAGUAACUUGAGCUAUAUUCUUGAAAUCAAGUCCGGCGACAUGAUUCUUUCAGCAGGUUACUCAACUCCACAGCCAUAUUGGUCCAUGGGAAAGGACGCACGAAGAAACAUUAAUAAAAAUGGUGGGCAGGUCACUUUAGCAUCUAUUGAUGCAAAUUCAUGGAGUUUCUUUGAUGAAAGCAAAGUCUUGCUGUGGCAAUUUACAAUCUCAGAUCCUAUUGAUGCAAAUGCCACUUGGAUUGCAGUGUUAGGAAGUGAUGGCUUUAUAUCUUUCUUCAAUCUCCAUGAUCAAGGGUCCUCUUCAACAACAAAAAUUCCAGAUGACCCGUGUGGCACACCAGAAGCUUGUCAGCCAUAUUUUGUUUGUUCAGGACCCUCAGGCAACACUAAGUGCCAGUGUCCAUCAGGGCUUAGUUCAAGCGCUUGCAAAACAGGUAUUGCCUCUCCCUGCGGUCAGGGAAAGGAUUCUGUAGGUCUUGUAGAUGCUGGAACUGGGCUUAAUUAUUUUGCACUUGGCUACGUUUCUCCCUCUUCAGAAACUGAUCUGAGUGGUUGCAAGGCAUCUUGCCUUAGUAAUUGUUCCUGUAUGGCUAUGUUCUAUGACAAUAGCUCGAGGAAUUGUUUCCUGUUUGACCAGGUUGGUAGCUUUCAAAACUCUAACCGGCAGUCUGAUUUAGUUGCUUUUGUCAAGAUGUCAAGCAAUGAAAAUGGUGGAGGGGAUGGAGGAGGGAAAAAAGGCUUCCCAUAUGUUGUGAUUAUAGCUGUUUCUACAGUACUUGUCAUUUUUGGCCUACUUUUUGCGUCAUUUCGAUACUACAAGAAAAAGAAAAAAUUGCCACAAUCCCCUGAUGAGACUUCAGAAGAGGAUAAUUUCUUGGAGACUUUAACUGGGAUGCCAACUCGAUUCACUUACAAUGACCUUCGGACUGCUACAAAUAACUUCUCCGUUAAGCUUGGGCAUGGAGGAUUUGGUUCAGUAUAUCGAGGAUCCCUCCCCGAUGGAAGUCAACUUGCUGUGAAGAAAUUGGAAGGCAUUGGUCAGGGAAAGAAAGAAUUUCGAGCUGAAGUUGGUAUCAUUGGCCGUAUCCAUCAUCUCCACCUGGUCAGGUUGAAAGGCUUCUGUGCUGAAGGAAGUUAUCGACUUCUUGCUUAUGAAUACAUGGCGAAUGGUUCCUUAGAUAAAUGGAUAUUCAAUAGAAACCGAGAAGAACCCCUGCUGGACUGGGAAACAAGAUUUAAUAUCGCAGUGGGAACGGCAAAAGGGCUAGCUUAUCUCCAUGAAGAUUGUGAUGCAAAGAUUGUGCAUUGUGACAUAAAGCCAGAAAAUGUAUUGCUUGAUGACAAUUUCCUAGCGAAAGUCUCAGAUUUUGGCUUGGCAAAGCUAAUGACUCGAGAGCAAAGCCAUGUUUUCACUACUCUAAGGGGCACCAGGGGGUACUUAGCACCUGAAUGGAUCACGAACUAUGCAAUAUCAGAGAAGAGUGAUGUUUACAGCUAUGGCAUGCUGCUGCUAGAGAUCAUUGGUGGAAGGAAAAACUUUGACCCGGGAGAAUCUUCAGAGAAAUCUUAUUUGCCAUUCUAUGCUUUUAAGAUGUUAGACGAAGGGAAGCUGAGAGAUAUCCUUGAUUCAAGGUUGACUAUAGAAGGGGAAGAUGAGAGAGUUUAUACUGCUGUCAAAGUUGCAUUAUGGUGUAUACAGGAAGACAUGCAUUUAAGGCCAUCAAUGACCAAAGUUGUUCAAAUGCUAGAAGGUCUGUCCCCAGUUUCAAAGCCACCACUGUCUUCUCCAUUAGGUUAUUCAAGCUUCUUUAGAUCGAUGACCACGAGUGGAGAGGGCACAUCCUCAGCCUCAGCACCAUCAGACUGUAAUACUGAUGCUUAUCUUUCAGCUGUGCAGCUUUCUGGUCCAAGAUAACAAUCACUCAAGCGGGGUUUAUUGGUAUUGUUCCAUAGAUUUGUAUCAUGUUUAACAUCUCAUCUGCCCUGUAUAUUUCUUAGAUUAUUAUUCGAAAUUUUUUUGUAAUACUAGCUAUUAGCUUAUACGAAUCGAGUCCAUACUCGGAGCAAUUUAUCCAUUACGGAUUUUAUUU